AUGUCGAUGACCCUGGCGACCACAUGGGUGAGGAGAGGAGUUGCCGCUCAAUUUCCUACCAAAUACAAAGUCGACGAAGCAGAACUGAGCCGAAUCUCCAAACUAGCACGUCUACAACUGGAAGAUGCACAGCAGGAUCUCCUAGACGCAAAAUUCCAAAACGCGAGAUACACGGCUGCACAACCUGCGGCCGACACCGAUGACCUGAAAGAAUACAACCUUGACGACUAUGACAAGGACCCUGUGGACGAGGAGGGCCAGAAAUUCUCCAUGUUUGGCAACGUCGGCUCAUUAGCCUACCAUGCACCACAUGAGGAGGAUCCCUAUAUUGUAUUGCCGGAAGGGGAAGAAGAGUCCGAAGACGAAAGAGAAGAGCUGCAGAUAUUGCCUUCGGAUAAUCUGAUACUGGCGGCCAAGGUGGAAGACGAGGUUGCCCAACUCGAAGUCUUCGUGUAUGAAGAUGAAGCUGACAACCUCUAUGUCCAUCAUGAUAUUAUGCUGCCUGCUGUUCCCCUGUGUGUUGAGUGGAUCAACGUCCCAGUCGGUAAAGACGCUGAGUCGAGGUCAGAUGGAAACUUUGUGGCGAUCGGGACUAUGAACCCGGAGAUAGAGAUUUGGGAUUUGGAUGUUGUCGAUAGUAUGUAUCCUAAUGCCAUUCUAGGUCAAGAGCCACAAGAGCACCCAGAUGAGCCAGAGCAGAACGGAGAAAGCUCAAAACCCAAGAAGAAAUCGAAAAAGAAGAAAAAGAAGGCGAGGGCCAACGAUAACUACCACGUCGAUGCAGUUCUGGCCUUGGCUGCAAAUCGACACCACCGGAAUCUGCUUGCCUCAGCGUCGGCAGACAAGACGGUGAAAUUGUGGGACUUGAAGACUGGCAAGUGCGCAAAAUCAUACACCAUGCACAGCGGCAAAGUUUGCGCCUUGGAUUGGCAUCCGACCGAGUCAACUAUCCUCUUGAGCGGGAGCUACGAUCGGACCGUCAUCGCCACGGAUAUGCGAGCCCCUGAUGCAGUAGCACCGAAAUGGGUUGUCGAGGCAGACGUUGAGAAAGUGAGAUGGGAUGUCCAUGAUCCCAAUUUCUUCUUCGUCACCACGGAAGCCGGCACCGUCCAUUACUUUGAUGCCCGGAGCAUUCCCACCUCUCACGACGAGCCGAGCAAGCCUGUAUGGACGUUGCAGGCCCACGAUGGGCCGGUCAGUGCAUUCGAUAUCAGUCCGUCGGUACCGGGUCUUCUGGUUACAGGGUCAGAGGACAAAAGGGUCAAGAUAUGGAACGUCGAGCACAAUAAACCCGCCAUGGUCAUUUCGAGGAACCUUGAGGUUGGCCGGAUAUUCUCGGCCCAGUUUGCCCCAGAUCCAGAGGUUGCCUUCCGGCUGUCAGUGGCGGGAAGCAAGGGGCGGUUGCAAGUAUGGGACAUCAGCACCAACCCGAGCGUGAGAAAAGUAUUCGCAGGCAGAGUCCAGUUGCCGGAGACGGAUGGGAAAGAGAGAUUAGUCGGCGCCAGCCUGAGUGACCACGAGAGCGAAGAUGAGGAAGACGAGGCUGGAGAAGGGGCACAAGAUGGUUGGGAAUCCAUGGAUGAAGAUUAA